AUGAGCGAAGGUCACUUGUACUUGAGCGCGCGAGGUGGCGUUGCCUACGAGGCCGACAGUCGUCAUUCCUGGUACGACGCAACACACCAGAGUGUAUUACUUCUAUCCAACCAGUCGCUGAAGUUGCAGCAACUCCCUUUGGAUGCAUCGUUGGAUUCCACGUCUGCAGCGAGUGCAAGCUUCUCCCCACCAACAGAUCUGAGGACGCUCUACGACUUCAAUGAGCCAGAAACCAGCGGCGAUCAACAUGACGCCGUCCAGCAGCGCAAUCAAACUCCUAUAAUAUUGCUGCAGCUGUCGGUAGAUUGCCAGUUCCUCGCCAUCCAGCGCAGCGACAUUGAGGUGCAGGUUCUACAUCGCGCCACACGCUCGUCGUAUUGGGUCCUGUGCAAGUCCAAGGCCGGGAAUAGGAUCCUACAUGGAGGCGUGAUCUGGAACACACACUCGGUGAAGGCUACGAGCUCCCAGGACCUGUUCCUAGUCACAAAGCUGGGGCUAGAGCACCAUCGUGUCAGCUCGAAGCGGCGUAGCUGUGCCCUGCACAGAACGGUAGGGCUGUAUGUCCAUGAAUUUUGGUACGCAGCGUCACACGGAGUAUUACUGGUCAGUUCUGGGUCGAGAGCCAAUGAGGUCGUGCCGUUCUUGCUGCAUGGAACGAAUGCGGAGAAACUACCCGAACUCGUGUUUUCCACGUCAGUGAGCAAGCAAGAUCUACGUCUUGUCACGUUGUAUGGAGAUCUGUACGUGGUGUAUAGUGACAUGCGAUCAUCAAAAUUGCUGCUGUAUAUGGUGGGACGCACAAAGGUGGCGUGUGUGCGCUCGUUGAACAUCAUGUUGCCACCAGGGGCAAAGCUAGAGUACUCGGUCGUGGACAAUCUACUCGUGUGUCACAGUAUGGAGUUCAACGUCAGUUUGUUCUUUGAUAUCAAGUGUGACGGAAAUAUUAGCGAUCCAUUUUCAGCCCCAUUGCCAAUCUCAUCGCGGCCACCAGGGCGUAAGCACGAGGGCACCGUGCCAAGCUUUACCCGUUGGCGCUUUCACGCCCCCAACCUCGUACAACGAUCACAUUCAGUUAACGGGUGCGAACAAGUGGAAAUUCGAAAGCUGCAACUGAAUCUGAACGAGAUCUGCAAGACCUGUGAGCACCAUCGAGAGAUUUUACCGUUUCUAUUGCGUCGAGGGGAUCAUGAAUCAGCGAAGUUAUUGGUAUUAAAGCUAGUGCGAGGCUACAUUGUGGAACACCAAGCAUCUCUUCCUUCGAUCGUGCAGCUGUUGAAUACUGUCCAAACUGUGAGCGGCAGCGAGCGACGUAACAGUGCUUCCUUCUCAUACGACAGGCAGACGUUUAUAUUGUCGAGUAUAUCAAGAAUUUGCGCGAAAACAAGGUGCCAGUGGAAAAUAAUACGUGAAUAUGUUGCGCUUGCAGAGUGUUUUAUAGCUACAGGAGAGCCGAACAAACUCUACCAGUUCUUGCAUUACCAUGUGCUCGCUGAUUCCGUAGAGCUUGCCGACUUAAUGGUCCGGAACGGAGAAACCUAUCCAGCUUUGAUGCAAGUGGGCUUGGAGAUGUACUUUCGCUUGAGGGAGAUUUGUCCUUUAGUCCGCACGCUUUUGGAUCUUGGACAGACAGAGCGAGCAAUCGAGAUCGCUUGGAGAAAUAUGGGUUUAGCCUCUUGCGAUGCAUCGGUUCUUCCAGGAGUUGCAUUUUUUGACUCCUUGAUCCGUUCACCGCUGCAGGUGACGCAGAUGCUGGGGAGUUUAUUACUUUUCUUGAAAGUGUGGGACCCAGCAGCACUCCAGUGCUCAACCCCACUAUCCCUCUCAACUCUUGCUAGCUGCGCUACCGUACCAUUUCCAGACGAUCUGAUUCCGCCAAAGUCCCGCAGAGCGCUGCGAGUCGCUUUUGGAUUUACUGCAGAAUGA